UUGUUACGAGGAGCCGGCGGGGCCGCAGGGUGGGGUUGUCCCCGCCGCCGGCGCUGGUCCCCGCGGGCGCUGGGUGACCGCCGCCCGCCCGCCGAGCCCCCCCCGCCGCCGCGGCCGAUGCGCCCGCACCGCGCCGCAGCCUCCGCGCCCGCCCCGCGGGGAGCGGCCGCCUUUGUGCUGCCGGGACCUGCUCUCCGUUCUCCUGCGAGCAGAAGAGGAGCUAGCGAGGAGAUUAAAAAUAGCCCACCAAGCUCGAGUUAAUGUUUGAGAAGUUCGGGUGCGGGAGAGUCUGCUGUUCUUCAAGCAGAUCACAUCACAUGCCUUAUAGUCUUUAAAAGAAGAAUGCUGCACAACAUUUCACAGUAAAGAUGAGGAGCUAAGAGAUACUCCUGUUAUCUUAAAGCUAUAGAGGUCUGUGUGAGAGGACAAAUACUUAGGACACUGCUUUAAGGAAUUUUGGCUUCUUGGAGAAACAGUAGAAAAUGCAAAACGAAAUAAUAAAGCCUGCUAAAUACUUCUCAGAAGUGGAGAAGAGUGUGCUGCUUGCAUUAGUCGAAAAAUACAAAUACGUGCUUGAAUGUAAGAAAAGUGAUGCAAGAACUAUUGCUCUGAAACAACGCACCUGGCAAGCACUAGCUCAUGAAUACAAUUCACAGCCCAGUGUUUCGCUGCGAGACUUCAAACAGUUAAAGAAAUGCUGGGAAAAUAUCAAGGCACGGACAAAAAAGAUAAUGGCACAUGAAAGGCGGGAGAAGGUAAAAAGGAGUAUUAGUCCACUUAUAAAUACUCACAUCGUAGGGAAAGAGAAGAUGGGAAGCAUAAUGCCUGAGCAAAUGUACUUUUUGCAGAGCCCGCCAGAAGAAGACUCUGAAUAUCAGCCUGAUGCUUCUAGUCAAGAGUCAUUUGUUGUGUCAAACAGAGAACUUUGUGAUGAAGACAAAGAGCUGGUACAUUUUCCAGUAUGUGAAGGUACCUCCCAGCCUGAGCCUUCGUGUUCUGAUGUCAGAAUAGCAGCAGAUAAGAACUACAGAAGUAAAGCAUCUCAGGAAAGUGCUCUGAAAAAGAUGCACGAGGAAGAACAUCAUCAGCAAAUGUCGAUUUUGCAACUCCAGUUAAUCCAAAUGAAUGAAGUUCAUGUGGCAAAGAUACAGCAAAUAGAAAGAGAGUGUGAGAUGGCUGAAGAAGAACACAGGAUAAAAAUGGAAGUGCUAAAUAAAAAGAAAAUGUAUUGGGAGAGAAAACUGCAGACCAUUACAAAAGAAUGGCCUGUAUCAUCCUAUAACAGACCCUUUCCUAAUUCACCUUAGAACAUAGAAGGGCAGAGAGUCAGUCUGAUUUAGCACAUUUAUGAGUAACAUGCACUGGAAAGAGGGUUUUCUACUGUGAAUGUACAGUGACAGGAUAGGUGCCUGGCUGAUAGUGAACACACUAUGACUCUUAAUGUUUAGGGAAACAGUGGUAUAGUUCACCAAGAGGAAAACUCUAUUUGUAGGUAGUUCUGAUUUGUUUAACUCACAGACAUGCACAGUGUCUUAAAUGUGAACGUAUUUUCUCCUCUGAGAACACCCUUGAUCCUUCUGAAAUUUAAGGUACUCUGGGUAUUCUUACAUUGGGAGUUCUUAAGAAAACUUAACAACUUUAAACAUCAGGCUGUAGUGUUUGUUUUGAUUUCUAUCUCUUCCUAUCUGCCAUUUCCCACAUGAAGGCAAGGGUUGGAGUUGCUCUCUGCUAUUGAGACAAAAGGUGAUGGACAGCUAUUAGUUGGAUCAUUAUGCUAAAGCUUAGGGAAAAUAAGCUAGUUAAUACAGUCCAUAACUUAUUUUUCAUAGAAGAUGAAAAUGAAGGACGUAGCAAGAGCACCACUGCAGUAACAGCCCUCUCCUUCAGAGGAACAGCAAUAUUUCCCAGCUGGCUGGCUGACUGAGAGGAUGCUUGUGGAAUGCCCUCCAGUUGUUUGAGCCUUGACACUUGAGAAGUUAAAAAGAAGGUGACUUCUUCCACAAAAGCCACUGUGCUAGUUCUUUCAUUUCCAGGCCCAUCUUGUAUUGAAGUAGAAUACCCAAGCAGGAGGGACAAAUGCUGCUGCCAGCACUGUGUGCUGUUCACCUGAAGUCAUUCUGAGGGGAAGAGCUUUUUAAGAAUUCAUAAAGCUCUUAAAAUGCAGUGAGCCAGCCAGUCCAUUGGCAAAGUCUCCCUCUAUUUUCCUAUGCAAUACUUGAUGGUGUAGCAGCUAGCUUGGUUAUUUCUCCUUAGCUAGAAGAAAAUACUAAGACUCACCCUCUUUUCCUUCUCAUAGGGUGGAAAGCAGUUCAAGGGAAUCAUUCCUGUCUUGAAGCAUUGUUCUGUUUUGUUUUGUUCUGUCCUGUGUGUUACGGUGGUGUAUUUCUUGCCUUUGCUGUCAGUGAGGGGUGAUGGACAUGAUUUGUACGAAGGCAUUCACAUGAAAAUCCCCACAGAUUUUGGAUGUCCAGAAUGGUAGAUAGUAGGAAAGCACAAAUAAAAAUAAUCUUUACCCUGGCAAUUAUUUAUUCUAGUGGGGCAAGAGUUAAGAAAAUGUGAAAUGCAGAAUCCCACAAGGAUUCAUAAGAACUUCUGGUGUUUGAAAACCUGUUUUACAGGAAGGUGUACAACCAUCAUUUGAAGCAGUGAGAAAAAUGAACAAAACCAUUAAUUUUCAUUGAAAAAUUGAAGUAUCAUAUUAUUCAAUAAAGUAUUUUCAGAUCAUGA